AUUUACUGUCAAAUAUCAUUACAUUUUGAAGCCAAAUUGCUGAAUAUAUCAAUAUAUUGAGUGAAAAACUGAAUGUUUUCAUUAAUGUAAUAUACAGUGGUUAGAUGUUUUAGUCAAGGAUGGAAAUUCCAAUAGAAACGGCAGUGAGGAUUUGUCCUUUUGAUUAUAAUAAUGGAGAAAUGGUUUAUGUUCAAAGUGAUCCUAUGAACAAUACAAUACAACUAAACAAUCAAGUUUAUCCUGUGAAUCACGCAUUACCCAUAAACUGCUGCCAGAGUACUGUUUUCACUACUGUUGCCCCAAUGGUGAAUUUUUUACUGGAGGGUUGUGACGUUUCUAUUGUAACCAUUGGUCAAUCAGGUACGGGAAAAACUUACACUCUGUAUGGUCCAGGUUUUCAUUUCGCUGCCAGUGAAUCAGAACAUGGAAUCAUACCUAGAUUCAUUCGGGAAGUUUUUUCAAAAGUCGGACAAUAUCGUGACAAAAGCUUUACCAUACACAUAGCAUGGUCUCAAAUAUGUGGAGAUAAUGUCCAAGACCUCCUGGGUGGAGGGAGCAUAGAGUGUAUGGGUAUUUUGGAUGCCUUUCGACAUAUCCAGAUUGGGUUAUCAAAUAUAACACCAAAGGGCGCUCAUUCUCUUUUUACUCUUACUUUGGAGCAGCAGUGGGUUACUGAUUCAACUGUUCAGCAUAAAGUGUCCACAGUGAGCUUCGCUGAUUUAGCAGGGAGUGAAAAAAUACUCUAUGACAAUAAUGGGUAUAUGCAAACGAUGCCUGUAGAUAUAGGGCUUCAGGCCCUUCAUCGAUGUGUAACUCUUUUAUCUGAACCUUACAUGAAUGGAUUCAACAUUAACCAGGUUCCUUAUUCUCAGUCAGUACUGACUACAUUGUUGAAGGACUCUUUUGGAGGGCGUGCUAAGACCCUUGUGAUUUGCUGUGUAUCCCCUUUACUCCAAGACUAUGUUGAAACUCUAUACUCCCUACAAUUUGUUUAUCGUGCCCAGUGCAUCAAGAACAUAGUUACCGUAAACUCAUAUGUCAGAUACGAGACUCUCCAAGAUAGCCUGGAUGUAUUUGGGCUACAGUUUGCAGCUGCUCAACUGCUGAAGCUCGUUUCUAAUGCCGAGGAAUUGUUUCAAAAGCUUGUUCUGAACGGAGGUUUAAAUAAAACAGAAACGGAACAGAUCUCCCACUGGCUUACUCUAAAACAAGAAUGUGAGGAGUGUUUGAGUGAAAAUUCUGAACCACACAGAUCUCUGGAAAGGAUCGAAGAAGAAAUUGAAGAUAGUUCAGAAAGUAUUAGUGACAGCGAAGGUAUUUUAGAGGAGGAGGAAUCUAAAACUCUACUGGAAAAGUUGGACAGUCUCAUGGACAACUUCAAAGAAACUACUGAUCGUUUGGUUUCAGAAGCAAGCAACUUGCAGAAUGUAACAUUUUCUGAGACAAAAAACAGGGAUAUCCCAAGCAGUUCGAGCAAUACUCAUUCCUCCAGAAGCGCCAACAGGUGUAGAAGAGGUAGUAUGCAUUCGACAGAAGAAAUCAAUUUAGCUGUAGCUUCUUCCAGUCCCAUGAAGUUCAUCGAAGAAGAUGAUAUACUCGACAGUGAACAGAAAAAUGAAGACACCGUUCUUACAUACGAAAUGAAAAAGAAAGUUCUGAAGCAGAUAAAAACAAUGAUAGAAGGUUGUCAGAAACAGAUCAAGAAUUUAGAGCAGACUAUCAAGGUAAAACAGGACUUGAUGCAUCAGCUUUUAGAACAUAAGGACACUCAGUCCAGCGCGCUCUUGAAAAUAAAUCAAAAAUAUCAAUAUUUGAAGAAGGAAAUUGAAAAUACCCGAACCAAACUGUUGUUUGCUCAGAGUCAACAAAAUCGUUACUCAGAGGGGAGGUACAAGGUUGAACUGGAAGAGUUGGAAGCAAAGCUGCAGGAUGCUAAAUCCCUAAAGGACUUAGCUGAAGAGGAAAGGAAAAAAUUGAUGGAAUUAGAGGAAAGCAUUCGCACCUCUAAGAAACAACUGGAAAAGCUAAGAAGAUACAAGAAGGAAGGAGAAAAAAGACGACAAAAUUAUGAAGACCAAAUAAAGGAGGAGUCUGCUAAGAUGAAUGAUUCUAAAGGGAGCUCUAAUAGUGAGAAGCACAAGAGUGAAGACGACCUCAAGGCUGUUGCUUUAAUUUCCCGCUCAAGUUUGGGCAAGUCAAACGAAGUCAGUCUAACAAUUUCCUUGCCAAACGAAGACCUAGAGUACCUGAGACACGAAAUCAGAAAUUUGAGGAAAACACGAGAUUUUCUUCUAGAACAAAAAUUCAAGCUUGAAGCUAACUCCCAAAGUAAAAAGAUUUUUAAUGAAUAUGAGGAAAGGAAAGCCUUUCAGUAUGAGGAAGCAAUAGAAGGCAUAGAUUUGGUAAUGGAAUAUAAAAAUGAAAUUCUUUGUGGACAUAGGCCUGCUUGUGAAAUGGCUCUGGAGAGGAUAGAGGAGCAAGGGGACAAACUACUCAUGGACAGACUCAUGAAGUUAACCGAUAAUGAAAUGAGGGUGUUGCUGCACAACUAUUUUCAAAAGGUUGUCGAUUUACGUAGUAGUAGUACGAAACUAGAAAUGCAGGUGGCCGAUUACGAAAAUGAAAACGAGAAGUUGGUUUCCAGAGUCCAAAACCUGAGCCAUACCUUGCAGGAAGUACGAUUGGAAGGAGAAAGGAGAAUAGCUGUGCAACAAAGGCAACAUGAAGACAACAUCCAUCUUUGGAUGCGCCUCCUUGCAAAUGAGGAGACAGACCAGGACAUUCCGAGACUUAUAGGUAACAAACUGGUCCCGAGAUCAGUCGGCAGUGCCAGUAAACAGCUCAGUAAAACGAGCAGUCUGAUCACUAGGAUGAGGAUCGCCAGGCAAGAGAUUGUGCCUAGACAAUUACAAUCUGUGACGCCGGCCCCUCAAGCCAAAGUCACUAGACAGAAAAACAAAUUGAUUAUUCAGCAAACCACUAAAUGAGAAUAGUGUGAACUUCACCAUAAAGUUUGAACAACAGGCAGAAAAAGGGGUUCUCCACCAUGGAGUAUUUUGAGCAGGGAUGCCCUUUUUUGGUAUUUAUGGAAGGGGAUGCAUGACGACUGAAACUUGGCAGCUAUGGCUGUGGCUGGUAACUCAAUUGGUUCGUAAAAUAUUGAAGCUUCUUGUAGUUGAAAGCAAUAAUGGAUCAGUAUUGAUGAAAAAAACAGCAUUUACUUCUAGGUGUGAAUUGUUGGAUUCACAAGGGAAUGGAGAAUUUUUCUCAACUGAAUCUGUUUUGUUGAAUGUAGAUAGGAUUUCAGAUAUGGCUCAAAUUUUUGACUGAAAAAUAUUUUAUUGACAAUAUUUAUAGAAAGGUGGCAAAAAUUCAUCAUGUCGCUACUCAAUCAUUGAUUGAAUUAAAAAUGUCAUUUUGACCAUAUCUGUGACUAAGUAAAAGCUUGAUCUUCUGGUAUAUAUCCAAUCAUGUAUAGAUUACUUAAUAGAUGUAUAUAAAGGAAUAAGUAUUUAUCGUACUAUUGUAAAUAUUAGGUGAAAUUAUUCAUUCCGUAGUUUUCGUAAUUUUUUCUCAAAAUCAUUUUCUUUAUCGUUAUUGUAUUGGUGUACUUUGGGUGAAUCAGAAUAAGACUUCUUAGGUAUAAGUAGAACAUGUCUUCUAGAAUGAAUCUCGUGAAAAGCUUGUUUUUGAACAUAUUGCCUACAUUCACACAGUUGAAUAUUAAUAUCUUAGAGAUCUUGAAAAAAAAUUUAUGAUAACUAAUGGCGAUAAACUUUGGAAUAGUAGUAGCAGAAUAUAUCAUUACUAAAUAGAAAAUAAUAGUAUAAACAUUGGAGUCCCUCAGGGGUCUAUUCUUGGUCCCAUUAUAUUUUUUUUGCAUGUAAAUGAUCCGAUAUCGUUGAAUAUAAAGGGAAAGUUCCCAAUAUUCACACAUGAUAUCACAUUACUAUGGCAUAGUAAAAAUACCUCAGAUCUCCACCAGUUUAUAUCUUCAGAUAUCAGGAUUAUCAAGGACUGGUGCGAUGUUAAUCUUUUAUCUUCAAAUAUCAACAAUUUGAUAUAUUUUCGGGUUUCAUUGACAACUUUCCAAUUACUAUCCAUGAAAGUGUUAUUGAGAAUAAAUUAGGCACUAAAUUCCUGGGUAUUAUCAUAGAUAAUGACUUGACAUCUGAAGAUCACAUCAGAAAACUUACUAAAAACUUUCUUCGGGUUGUUAUGCGGUAAGAAUAACUUCUGAAUAAUUAGGGUUUUCUGCUGCUAAGUCCGUUUACUAUUCACUAGUACACUCACUUGAGAUAUGGAAUUCCGUUCUGGGGAGUAUGUUCUAGAACUCCCAGGAAUUCUGUGUUUGUACUUGAUACAUUUGUAGAGUGAUACAUUAUCUCUUCUCUUGACAGUUCAUGCAAUUUUCCUUUUAGAAACAGCUUGCUUGAUAAACAAGUAGAGAAGAGAUUAAUUUCCUUUGGUCUCCUCUAACUCCUCCUCGACACUUACUAAAAGCUCAGUAAUUUACAAUGGCCUAAAAAUAUUCAACCACCUGUCAAACGACGUUAAAUGUAUAGAAAUCUUCUCAGAAUUUAGAAAAGCAAUCAAAGGUUUACUUUCAGAUAUACCCUAUUAUAGUGUGGACGAAUUAUAUGAUGAUAACUUCCACUAACAAUUACUCUAAAAUACAUCGUACCCUAAGUUAAUGUUGGUGUCGAACUAAAUUACAAGUUUCAUUUAGCAUCUGCAAUAACUUACACCAUUUAAUAUUUUGUGUAAUUUUCGUCUCUUGAUUUUUAUAUUUUUAUUUCUUACCUCCUCAUUUUAUACAUGUGGACAUUUUCCUUAUUGGGGUAAACAUCUGUUUUUUAGCAUAUCUUCAUAUAUAUGUGUGUGUAUAUGUACGUAUAAAUAUUUUUAUUGGUUUGAAUUAUAUAGACUUACUAUAUGCUUGUAUUUCCUCUUUCCAUGAGAAAACGAUGAAUGGUAACUAAUUCAUAGCACAAUUCAUGAAUUGUGGAUGGCUAUAUACAUUGUCUUGGUGGAAGAGGAAAAGCUCUUUUUUUCAUAAACAAACGUUUCUCUUAGGCUUCCAUUCGCAAGGAGCUGUUAUCUACUGUUUCGACUUAUCCUUGAUCUCUGGCAUAUUAAAAUGAGUUCAUGUUUCGUAUUUGGUUACAAAAUGGCUUAUGGAAUCCUUCUAAUUGUAGUUAAGCAUAGCAAAUAACUGUAACGGUCUGGCUAUAAUGUUUUUAACAGAUAGCAGGUAUGGCAUUCUCUUGGCAGAGAGCUUCUGCAUACCCAAACAAUAAGUACCCGUUCAUUUGAAAUGCCCACUGCCUCAGCUCAUUGUCAAAAAUGUUUGUUUGAACUUGUUUUAAUUCUGCUGCCCAGUAUUUUAUUGUUGAUAUUGAAGGAACACAGUCAUCAUAAACAUCCUUCAAUUUUCUCUUUCUCUGACUCAACUUAACUGACUUUCAAUGUCUCGAACACAAACUGAAUAACUUCAAUAUGUCUGAAAAUUGACGAGCAGUCAUCUCAAUAUUAAUAUUUAAGAAUGACAUGGUGGUGUUAGUGGCAGCGCCAUCUCUUGCUGAUCACUUAUCAACUCAGCCUCGUAUCAAAACACCUUAAAUAUCUGAACUUUUAACUGUGAAAAGUUGUAAUAUUAUUGUUAAUCAGUCAAAAAUCAAAUUAAGUUAUUUCAUACAGUGAACAUAUCACAUUGCUAGGAUUAUAAAGUUUGUAUUAGAAUUUGUGACAAAAAUUUAAAGUAACAGGCUUCUUUUCGUCUCUCCCAUAAAGAAUUUCAAAUUUGUCAAGUUUCGAAAUUGUUGAAUAAUUUCCCCCCAGCAAUCAACUUUGAUAUUUCUAUCUCAGGCAGGGUUUUUUGGGCGAUUUUUUGAACAUAUUUUUGUACUAAAAUUUAAAUUCUGGUGAUGAGGAAAUAAAUUGAAUGAGGAAAUAAAUUGAAAAUGUUAUAUCAACACAUUAGGAUUAUGUAAAAACUUACUCUGAAAAACAGUUUUUCUUAAAUAUUUCACAAAACACCAUCUUUUACUUUACUAAGCCACUGUUCAAUUAAUAUAUACAUCUGUAAAUUACAAUUCGCUCAUAGAUCACUUUACAGUUGAGUGAAACGAAGCAAUCCAGUGCAAAUCAGUCAAUAAAAAAAUGCUUCAUUGUCGAUGAAUACAGAACGCUGUUGACAAAAAUUAGCUGAAACAAGGAUUCUAAAAUGAAAUAAUUAUUUAGUAAUAAGUCCAUCCCAUAGAUGGUAUCUUUAUAAGGGGAGAUGUCUUCUUUACUCAUACAGUCAUUAUUGUGAUGAACUUACAGGAAUGGGGAUUGGUUAACUGUCUAACAAAACUAUUUCAAGGGUUAUCAAAGUUGUUUCAUCUGAAUUUUGAAGAACACAAUAUAUAAUAAAGGAACUGCUUGGAAAAACCCUUGCAUGAUUUUUUCUUUUUCAAUUCGAUUACUUAUGAAUGAAACUGGUUCAUUACCUCAAACUGAUUUAGUAUUAUAGAUUAUUCAGAGAAAAACCGAAGGAAGCAAGUGAACUGCCAAAUUUUCAUUACCCGUUUUAUUUAGCGCACUGUAUUUUUAUCAAAUACUGUAUUUUAAAAUCAUUGUUUAGAUCUGUUUAGUUUCCGUUCUUGAUUUUAUGUAUGACGAUUUUGUGAUAUUUGUUUUUAAAUAAAGUGUAAUCGUAAAGUACGAA